AUGCGUUUCUCCCUCCUCCCCGCAGCUCUAUCCAUCUGGAUCGCAGGGUCUUCAUCCCAGUUUGUGAAGGCCCCCACGGAUCUGAUAAAUGCAACGGGCUACGCCGGCAUCAACGUGCGAUAUAAAGAGGUCCCCACCGGUAUCUGCGAGCUGGAUCCUAAUGUGAAGAGUUAUUCUGGAUACGCAGAUGUUGCUGAGAAUGAGCACAUCUUCUUCUGGUUCUUUGAGGCGAGGAAUCAGGAUCCGACAGAGGCGCCUUUGACGGUCUGGAUAAAUGGCGGGCCCGGAUCUACGUCUAUGAUUGGCUUGUUUGAGGAGAAUGGGCCUUGCCGAGUUGAUAGCAAUGGCAAUCCGUACUCAAACCCAUACUCUUGGUCAAAUGCUAGCAACAUGCUAUACAUUGACCAGCCCACUCAGGUUGGAUUCUCUUAUAGCAUCAUCACAGAUGGCUAUGUCGCCACCUCAUCUGAUGGCACCAAGUCCAAGAUCUCAAUACCUGAUGGCAUCUGCCCAGAUUACGCCGGUAACACGUGUGGCUCUUACAGUGUAGCAAACCUCUCGUUGACUGCAAAUACUACUGCAAACGCAGCGCCAAACUUUUGGAAAACCUUGCAAGGGUUUAUGGGAGCCUUCCCUCAAUAUUCACGAAAUGGCUUCCAUUUCUCAACCGAGUCUUAUGGAGGCCAUUACGGGCCGAUAUUCAAUGAAUAUAUCGAGGAACAAAACGCAAAAAAGAUACCUGGAGCACAUCAUAUUUCCUUGGAGACGGUCUUGAUAGGAAAUGGCUGGUAUGAUCCACUCAUACAAUACCAAGCAUACUAUAAUUUCACCGUGUGGCCAGGAAACACGUACGAUUACUCGCCCUAUAAUAAGAGUGUUCAGGCUCAGCUCUAUAAUAACCUCUACGGAAAGGGGAACUGCAUUGACCAGGUCCAAGAUUGCUAUGAUCGAGGCAUUAAUGAAAUCUGCUCCGCGGCAGAUAGUUUCUGCGCUAAUUUCGUGGAAAGUAUAUACGAUGAUUAUCUUGGGAGGGAUGAAUAUGACAUGCGGGAGUUUGUGCCAGACCCAUUCCCAUACAGCUACUACCAAGAUUAUCUCAACACGCCCAAGGUUCAAUCAGCAAUCGGGGCCUUCCAAAACAUCUCGGGAUCCUCCUCAGCUGUGUACAACGCAUUCACAGCAACAGGGGAUGACAGUCGUGAGUCUGGGACUAUUGAAGCCCUGCGGAAGUUGGUGGCGCAAGGAGUCAACGUAGUGCUUUUUGCAGGUGAUGCAGACUACAACUGCAAUUGGCUCGGCAACGAAGUCGUUGCCGGCAAAGUUCAGGCCCCGGGUUUUGAAAACGCUGGAUAUAUCAACAUCACGACAUCCGACUCCAUCGUCCACGGCCAGGUCAAACAAGCCGGCCACUUCAGCUUCUCCCGGAUCUACGAGAGCGGCCACGAAGUCCCAUUCUACCAACCCCUCGCAGCCCUUGAGUUGUUUCAACGAGCGAUCGGUGGUAAGGAUAUCGCUACCGGGACGGUCAAGUUAGUGGGGAGUUACUUGACACACGGGACGGCGAAGAGUACAUAUAGGGAGGGUAACGCUACGAUGCAGUUUGAGGUCCUGCCGGGUAAUUCUACGUAUAAUACUAUGCUUAAUGGGCCAGAUAAAAUCCAGAGGAGGAUGGCAGAUGCAAGAGGUGUGGGGAUUUUGAGUCAUGCUGGGAGGAAAUUCAAGCCUGGGAGAUAG